AGAAGGAUGUCAAUUACAUCAGUUCUGUAAAUCCAAUCACAAAACAUAUCCAAUCCAACCAUGGGUCUCAAGGAGAUAUGGUCCAAUGUGACUGUGGAGCCUGUUCUCUUCCUAUUCAGUUUAUCCCACGGACUGUACGUGAUCGUAGCCCAAAGCCUUUAUUUGGAUAAAGUGUGCAACGUCAACUUGAACUACACUCGUGAGAUCUGCGACAACAUCUUUUUACACAAAGCGGAGCAAAUCGAGGUCCAAAAAUAUGUCUCAGAGUUACAAGCCUACAACGGAAUUCUGCAAGCCUUACCCUCUAUCGUGUAUGCUCUGUUCGCUGGUCCUUGGUCGGAUCAGAAUGGACGAAGAGUUCUCAUUGGAUUUUCUUGUCUCGGUUACGUCUUCAACAACGGUGUUUUCAUUCUCAACACGUGGUUCUCCGAAUGGAGAGCGGAAUAUCUACUUUUCGAAUGCCUGCAAGAUUUCACCGGGGGCAGUGUUUGCUUCUUCUUGGGAUGCUACGCCUACAUUUCGGAUGUGUCGACCAAAAAGCAAAGGACCAAACGAUUGGCCUUCCUUGACGGGCUCUUUCCCAUUGGCUUUUUUACAGGAUUGAGUAUCAGUGGAGUCAUCAAAAAGAAAUGGGGAUUCAUUCCCAAUUUUGCUCUAGGCAUGGGUGCCGCCAUUCUGGCUGUGAUUUACACGAUGUUCUUCUUGAAAGAUUCCCGACUCAACAGACCCGAGGAGGUGAAGCAAUCGGUCGAUCUGAGUAAAUCAAAGGACGAAGGUCCUCCAAAACUCAAACGGUUUUUCUGUGCGGAGAUGUUUGAUCUCAACAACCUGAAAGCCGCCUUCCACGCCACAUUCCACAAGCGCGAUCACGGCUUGAGACCUUACUUAAUUCUGCUGAUGGUCACUUUUAUUCUGGAGAUCUUUAUGUCACAUGGCCGAGGUCCAACCAUGUUUCUGUACAUUCGCAAAGAAUUCGCGUGGGACGAGGCCACGUUUGGCCAAUACAUUGCCUUGUUCGGUGUGAUCGGCCUUUUCACCCAAUAUGUGGCGGUUCCAUUUCUGACGGAGACCCUGAAAUUUCACGACACCACCCUAGGAUUCUGGGGUGUGAUUGGGUCGCUCAUUAAUACAAUCAUCAUGGCCUUUGCUCGAGAAGGCUGGUGGUUGUACUUGGGGAGUGUGAUCGCUUUCCUGGGACCCACCAUCACGACAUCAAGCCGAUCUCUCGUCACAAAAUGUGUCGGACCUUUCGAGGUUGGAGCAGCAUUUUCGAUCAUGGGAGCCAUUCAGGCCAUGGUUCCAUUAUGUGCCAUUCCAUUUUUUGGUUUCACGUACAAGGCCACCAUUGAAUGGUUCCCAGGCACGUUCCUACUCGUGUCCGCGGUUUUGUACGUUAUUGUCGCAGUUUUGCUGAUCGUGGCAAAUAUCGGCCUUCGCAAGGUCGAACGAACAGAAAAGAAAAGCCUCCAAAGGACCCAAGACGAGGAGGACAAGUGUCAAAGGCUCAUGCCACUGAUAGGGGACAAAGAGACACUGGAUGUUAUCUAAUUUGUAUUUAUUCCAUUACAUUUUCUGUUCUUA